AAUUUCCAGGUCUAAUGAACAGUUCCCAAGAGAGUGCAGGUAUUGUUCGUAUGUCACAUUUGAAGCAACUGGUUCUAAGCGGUGAUGAUGGCACAUCAACUUCUGAGCCAGAUGUGGUAUACCUUAUAAGGUCUUAGAAAGUAGUGCCGAGGGUCUGGACUUUUUCGUUUUGGUGAUUUGGAUUUGUUUGUUAGCAGGAAUUGUUGGGAAUGCCAGGAAAAAGAUCAUGACAGUUUAAACAGUAUGCUUGCUAAAAGUGUGCCUGAUACACCGUUGGGACAAGCUGUGACAAAUUUACAUGCAUCCUGGGCGCAACUAAUCAGUGAUUUAUCAGCACGAACAGGUUAUUUACCUCCGACGCUGGAGCAUAUUAAAGAAGUUGCAGAGUGCGCAGUUCGUCAGUUGAAGGAUUCGUGUCAUGAUUUAACUCGUGAAUUUGCUCGAGUUGGUCUUGAAUGGCGUUUAACGCAUCCGGAUGAGGCUCUUGCUGAGGAUUUAACAGAUUAUGAUCAGGCGAUGUUACGGCAAGAAUCGUUGUUGGGACGAGCUGCCAGCAUUAUUGAACGACGACUGAAUGAUUUAGCGACUGAAAAAAGUUCACAAGGAUUUGAGUAGUUGUAUGCUAUGAUUGGCCGUCAGACAGUGAAAUUUAUGAACAGGAAACAGAUUGUUUUACAAAAGGAUGAUGAUUGUAUCAUUGAAGAUUCAGCAGAUUACCAGCAUCUAUAUUCAUCAUAUAAGAACUGUUGAAGCGAUUAUAUCCAAAUGAAACUGUCAAGUACUGAAAAAAUGAAUAAUAAAAAAUGUUUAUAUGGAGGAAGAUGUUUCCAGCUAAUUGUUUCUGUGAGAUGGAUAGUUUGUUUUGCUGUGUAAGCGUUAACCUUUUUUUUCUUUUUGUUGUCAUGCUCAAUCGUGUUUUCUGUAAAUAAAUUGGUGAAUGG